AGCCAAGAGCCGUGCGGCCCGAGUUGAGCGGCACUCCGGUGUAGGCGCUACUCCCGGACACAUCAUGGACAAGCAGCAGGACAGCAUCUCCACGGUGGGGGUAGGAAAGGAGUAUCCCCCUAGUGAGGUCUACACCGCCGAGCCGCCGCCGGCGUACCAGAGGACACGGGGUACGGCCGUGCAGAUCGCCAGGAUCGCUGCAGGAACGGUCAUCGCUGUCACCUUCAUCCUCGGAUUUUUCAUGCUGGCCUCCGCCUACAUCACAGCCUCUGCGUCUUGCGCCAAUUAUAACUUCCAGGAGGCCCUCAGACAGGAAUUGGAGGAGCAACCACAAUACCAACACUUGGUAGCUGUCGACCCCCUGUCAGAGGAGAGCGGAGAGAAUAAACAGGAGAACCUGGUGCCACCCCCGCCGCCACCACCUGCCCCCGCCGUCCCAGUCCAGCAAGACGCCACAGCCCCCAUUCAGCUGAAGCUGCCUCUUACUCUUGACUUCGACGAUCUCGCAGGUAGCCUGGUGGAGAAGAACCAACGGUCGCGGAUGAACUGUGUGGUGGAGAAGCGACGUGCUGAGGAGGUGAUGGACCAUCAGCCCAAGACGGUGAGGCUGCCGUUCGGAGUGAACCUGACCACAGACCCGCGCUACGAACACGUCACCGGCGAGAGGAUGGCGAUAUUUUGUGAGAGCGGCCACGACCAGAGACAUGUGCCAAUGGACAACAAUAUAGGAUCUCCAGUCGUAGUACCCAUUCCCUUCCACCAGGAGGCUAUGCAUCUGAUCCCGCUGCCCAUGCCCAUGCACCAAGGCCCCGUGUACCCACCUCCUCACGGCCACGGCAUGGGUCCACCACCUCCACACAUGAUGCCACGUCACCCACAGCAACUGAUCCACCCGCCACCACCCCCCAUGCCCAUGCACCCUCACCCCGCCCAGACUCAGGCGCAGAUGGGACCCCCUCACCCGGAAAUACCUAUGUCUAUUCUGACAAGAAUUGCUCAAGAAGAAGCCGCUGAUUCCAAAUUCCAGGACGAUGAACCUCUACACAUCAUCGCAAGGGAGGAGAUCAUUCCCGUGUUUCACCCAGCAUCUCCCGAAGGACGAGCGAUGAACGGCCCAGCCAUCCCUUCCGUCCCCGCCCCCGUGCCCGCCGAGAUGGUGCAGCCCCCACCACCACCUCCGCAGUACACCAGACAGCUUCAGAUGCCCCAGACAACACAGCUGCACCCCGCACAAGAUCAGCAGCCCAGGCCACACUUCGUGCAGCCUCGGUCUGUGCGCAGUGUGGACGACACGUUCCUUAAGAGGGAGAAGCGCGUGAAGCGUUGCGCCUGUGACUGCUCUUGUUAGACUGCAAGCCACGGCCUCAGAGCUCCGUGGCCUCACAAUCAAACUGUACAUUGUGACAUACCCUUACUCGGACUAGAGUCCCGCCCUGUAGAUAACAGUGUUGUCAUCUGUGUUUCUGUUGUUUGUAAUAGAUUUCUUAAUAAAUUACUAUGUUAUGUUUUCUUUAA